GCAUCGGACCUAAGGCGGAGCCGGCUCCCGAGGGCGUGUCCUCGGCCCGCCUGAUUUGAUCCACUUUUGGGAAAGAAGAAGAAGAAGGAGGGAAGAAAACGCGUGGUCGUCUCGCGCUCCCUCUUGCCGGCCCGACGACGUUUGUCCAAGUCCCGGUCCCGGUGCUGGCGAGCGGCUCCGGUCCCGGUCCCGGUCCCGGACCGUUCCUUGGCUUCGGCAUGCGGAGCGGCCGUGUGUCUUGCCUGCUGGUGGCGCUGUUGUGCGCGGAAGCGUGCGCGGCCAUGGUGGACGGCGACGCGGAUUCCGAGGAAUCGGCGGAGGUGUUCCCCAGGCUGCUGUCGGCGCCCGGCGACCCGGACCGCCUGCUGGUGUCGCUGGCGGCCUUCGGACGGAACCUGCGGCUCAACGCCACCAGGGACGGCGGCGGCCUGCUGCCCGCCCAUCUGCUGGUGGAGGAACGGCGGGCCGGCGGGACGCCGCCGGCCUGCGUGCCAAUGGCCCGCAAGCAGCUCUGCCUCUACUCGGGCUCCGUCCUGGACCGACCCGGUUCGCUGGUGUCCAUCACGGCCUGCGGAGGCCUGACGGGUCUGGUGCACGUGGACGGCGAGGUUCUGUUCAUCCGCCCCCUGGAGGAGGAAAAGCGGCGGCGGCAGAGCCAGCGCUCGCCGGGGUGGCUCUCGGGCAUCAAACAUCAGCUGAUGCGACGGCGCCGCCGAGACGCCGACGGCGCGCCGCGACGCCGACGAGACGAGGAGAAGGCGGCGGAGGGAGGUGGUCGCAAGCGCGCGGCCAUCCCCGGCGAGGACGCCUACACGGUGGAAACGCUGCUGGUGGCCGACUCCAGCAUGGUCCAGUACCACGGCGCCGACGCCGCCAGGAGGUUCUUGUUGACCGUCAUGAACAUGGUGUACAACAUGUUCCGGCACCAGAGUUUGGGCGUGAGGAUCAACAUUCGGGUCACAAAGUUGGUUCUGCUUCACAGUCGCCCAGACAAGCUGAAGGUGGGCCACCACGGCGAGCGUUCCCUGGAGAGCUUCUGCCAGUGGCAGCACCAAGAGUUUGGAGGCCGGCGCCGCCUGGGAAGCAAUCGCCUGCCCGCAGGAGCGGACCGACUCCCGCCCGUGGACAGCGCCGUGCUCGUCACCAGGACAGACUUCUGCGUGCACAAGGAGGAACCGUGUGACACUGUCGGUAUGGCGUACCUGGGCGGCGUGUGCAGCGCCAAGCGCAAGUGCGUGCUGGCCGAGGACAACGGCCUCAACUUGGCCUUCACCAUCGCGCACGAGCUGGGCCACAACAUGGGUAUGAGCCACGACGACGACCACGCCUCGUGCAGCGGCCACGCCUACAUCAUGUCCGGCGAGUGGGUGAAGGGACGCAACCCCAGCGACCUGUCGUGGUCGCCGUGCAGCCGCGACGACCUGGAGAAGUUCCUCAGGUCCAAGUCGAGCGCGUGUCUGCUGCACACGGACCCGUGGAGCCGCCAGCAGCCGCGCCUUCCCUCCAAGCUUCCCGGGAUGCAUUACAGCGUCGACGAACAGUGUCAGAUCCUCUUCGGAACCAACGCCACCUUCUGCUCCGACAUGGAGCACUUGAUGUGCGCCGGUUUAUGGUGCCUGGUGGAGGGCGACGCCUCCUGCAAGACCAAACUGGACCCGCCCCUGGACGGAACUCAGUGUGGACCGGACAAGUGGUGCCGCAGCGGGGAGUGCGUGAGUAAGAGCCCGAUCCCGCAGCACGUGGACGGCGACUGGAGCCCUUGGAGCCCGUGGAGCAUGUGCAGUCGCACGUGCGCCACCGGAGUCCAGUUCAGACAGAGGAAGUGCGACAACCCCCCGCCAGGACCGGGCGGGCACCCCUGCCAAAAAGCCAGCGUGGAGCACAAAGCCUGCGAGGGUCCUCCGUGCCCAAAGGGGGCGCCCAGCUUCAGGGACCUUCAGUGUUUGUCCUACGACCGACACGCCGGCAAGAAGAAGAGCGACAUGCUAACCGCCGUCGUCAACGAAGAGAAGCCAUGCGCGUUGUUCUGCCGUCCGGUGGGUCGUGACAUUUCCGUGCUGAUGGCCGACAGGGUGAUGGACGGCACGCCGUGCGGUCCGUACGAGGCCGACCUGUGCGUCAACGGCAGUUGCCAGAAAAUCGGCUGCGACGGCGUCAUCGGCUCGUCGUCCGAGGAAGACGCCUGCGGCGUUUGCGAUGGCGACGGACGAUCGUGCGCCGUGGUGAGGGGAGACUUCAACCACAGCGGCGGCAUGGGCUACGUGGAGGCGCUCGUCAUUCCCGCCGGAGCGCGGCGGAUCAAAGUGGUGGAGGACAAACCCUCGCACAGCUUCCUGGCCCUGAAAGACGGCGGUGGCAAGUCGAUCAACGGCGACUGGAAGAUCGAGCUCCCGGGAGAGUUCCAGGUGGCCGGCGCCACCGUCCGAUACGUCAGGCGAGGAUUGUGGGAGAAAAUGUGGGCCCGGGGGCCCACGCGCGCCCCGCUGCACCUCCUGGUGCUGCUGUUCCACGACCCAACGUACGCCAUUCACUACGAGUACACGACGGAGCGCCCGGGCCCCCCCCAGCGCCUCUACGUCUGGACGCACGGUGGCUGGGGCGCCUGCAGCGCGCAAUGCGGAGGAGGCGAGCGGAGGACCUCGGUGUCGUGCGUGCCUUUGGCCAACCGCUCCGCCGAGGCCGCCGACGAUUCCUUGUGUGGGGCCGAGCGUCGGCCGGCGCCGCAAGUGGGGCCGUGCAACCCUCAACCCUGCCGCUUCCGGUGGUCGGCGAGCGAGUGGGGCCCCUGCUCGGCCACGUGCGGCCCCGGCACGCAGCGGCGGCGGGUGCUCUGCGCGCGGCAACGGCGCGACGGCUCACGUGAGGAGGAGGAGCAGGAGGAGGGGGAGGAGCGGGAGGACGGGGGCGGCGGCCGCUGCCCGGGGCCCCGCCCGCCGCACCUGCAGGCCUGCGAGGGCCGCCUCUGCCUCGCCGUCUGGGAAGCCUCCGAGUGGUCGCAGUGCUCGGAGGGCUGCGGCCAAGGGGUGCGCACUCGCAACGUCACGUGCGGCAGCGCCGGCGGCCUCUGCGAUCCGCCGACGCGGCCGGCCCACCGGGAGCCCUGCCGGGACCACUCGCGCUGCUUCGAGUGGAAAACCGCCCAGUGGUCCAAGUGCUCGUCGUCGUGCGGGCGGGGCCUGCAGUCGCGCGCGGUGCAGUGCAUGCACAAAGUGAGCGGUCGCCACGGCAGCGAGUGCCCGCCGGCCCUGCGCCCGCCCACCUACCGACCCUGCCGGCCCCAGGGGGAGUGCCGCCGCCGCCAGGCCACCCAGCUCGACGGCAACGCCAUCACCUCGCCCAGGCUAGCCGCGCUGACCUACAAGUGCACGAGCGGCGACCAGUGGCCCGUGUACUGCCGCGUGAUCCGCGAGAAGAGCCUUUGCCGGGAUGUGCGCUGGUACCAACGUUGCUGCCGGACUUGCGGAGACUUUUACGCCAGCCGGACCUCUUGGUGACGGCGGAGGACCGACGGCCGAUGGGACGGGACGGCAAGACCGGCAAAUGUUUUGCCAGACGCCCGAAAGCGAAAGUCAGAAGUCACAUACCUCGUAACGCUUCCGGCGCUAACGGAUUAGCCGACCGACGGCCAACCUGAGACCCCCCCAAAAACAACACAACUGAUGUCAUCGGUCGGCUCCUCCCAGAGCGGAAGCGUCGUCAAAGGUGCUAUCUUCUUAUUUUGACGAUGAUUUUUAGGAUUGUAUUUAACACGAUGACGAUUUUUGCGGAUUGUUGUCGAUAUUUGUUUUGAGUGGGCUGCCAUUUUGUGUACCUCGCGUUCUUUCUGUACUUGAUGGUGCUCGACGCAAUAAAUGUCUACUGGCCUCA